AUGAACUCCUUCCUCACCCGCUACUCUGCCUCGUCGCCAGAGGCAGACAUCCGCAAGGCGAAGGAGCUUUUUGGAGACGACGAUGAAGUCUUGAACGAGAUGUGGGGCUCCGCUGGCGGCUUCGGCAACCUCGCAUCGGGCGUACCCAUGUUUAAACUUCCGGCCGUGGCAGAUCCCACUUCUUUCCUGAGGUUGCACACAGAUGACCACGCGGACCCGUCGUGUCGCAUCAAAAUCAAGCACGGUACCACCACACUCGCGUUCCGAUUCCAGGGAGGCGUCAUUGUCGCAGUCGAUUCGCGGGCCACUGCGGGCAGUUAUGUUGCAUCUGGGACCGUGAAGAAGGUUAUUGAGAUUAACCCGUACCUGCUUGGUACCAUGGCCGGUGGCGCAGCCGAUUGCCAGUACUGGGAGACGUACCUGGGCAUCCAAUGCAGGCUACAUGAAUUGCGGAACCGGGAGCGCAUCUCCGUCGCCGCGGCGAGCAAGUACUUGAGCAAUCUCGUAUACGGUUACAAGGGCAUGGGCCUCAGCAUGGGAACGAUGAUCUGUGGAUGGGACAAGACGGGCCCGGCUAUCUUCUAUGUCGACUCCGACGGCACACGGCUGAAGGGUGACCUCUUCUCCGUUGGUUCCGGAAGCACGUUCGCGUACGGUGUGCUCGAUCAGGGCUACCGGUGGGAUCUGACGGAUGAGGAGGCACAAGAGCUCGGCAGGCGCAGCAUCUACGCUGCUGGCCACCGAGAUGCUUUCUCAGGUAACACAGUGAACUUGUACCACGUGAAGGAGAACGGGUGGCAGUUCAUCGGCAACUACGACGUGUCGGAACUGCACUACAACGGCCCGGGUGAUGUUCCGGGUGCGCAGGGUGGUGGAUACGGGUACGAUGUUCGGGUCGGCACUCGCACUCGCACGUAG